CCUGCGCAUUGGUUGAAUAUUUACGUCAAAAAUUUUUAUUAAUAAAUAAACAAUUACAAUAAUAAAAAUACACAAUUAUUCAAAAUUAAAUAACAAUAAAAAAUAUCAAAAUGGUAUCAUCAGAUGAUGACAGUUCAGACAGUAGUGAUGAUUUUUUGGUAUCACCAGAUAAAAUAAAUUUAAACAGUACAUUUUUUAAUUCACCAGUUGAAAAAAAUUCUAACCCACCAGUAAAAAAAUCUAAAAGACGAAUAGUAUCAAGUGAUUCUGAUUCUGAUGAUGAUGAAGAUGAACAAGAAGAGGAAGAAAAACAAAAAAGUUCAGCAGAUUUACUUGCUGAGGUGAUGAGAAAUUUGGAAAAAGUUAAUGCUGAUGCUGAUAGGUAUGCAUCAUUUGCAAAAGAUGGGGAAGAAAAAAAACAAACAUCAUCAUCAUCACCAAAAAAACAACAGAGAAAAAGUAUAGAUAAUGAAAUCAGUGAUUUGUUACGUCAAACAGAGAGUGGAAGUCUUGGAAAUUAUAAAAGUUGUUCUAAUAAUGAAAAUAGUACAAGUGCAACUCCAAGUACAAGCCAAGAUGAGCCAUCAUCAUCAUCAACAACAGCAGCAACAGAUGAGUAUGUAAUUCCCAAAGAAGGUGUCAACAUCAUCUUGCCAGGUACUGAGUUAAUGUUCAACAGACGAAAGAAGAAUAAAGCUAAUGAUUUUGAAGCUGAAUUAAUUAAAAAAAUGAAUCAAAGACUCAGAAAAAAUCAGCUGUAUAUUCACAAAGUUGGCUUGCUGGGCUGGCUAUCACAUGGAUUUCAUGUUAAUCGUCAAAUAAAUGAUCCAAAUGUUCUUGGAUCAGCAAUGAGCCUGGUACCAAUAGCAAUAUGUCCUGAUGGUAGAAUUGACUUGAAAUAUCUUGAGCAAUAUACAAAGUGGUUUAAGAAAUUAAUGAAAAUUGAAUUUAACAAAGAAGAAGUACCAAUAACAAGUGACAUGUUGCUUGAUAGAUUAAAUAAAAAAGUUGUACAUAAUUAUAGAGAGCUGGUACUUGUUUAUAUUGCAACAUUAAGAGGUAUUGGAAUUAACUGCAGGCUUGUUAUUUCACUAUGUCCUCCACCAAUGAAGCUACGAAGAGAACAAUUAUUUAGUUCUAAUAAAAAACAAGAAGAUGCUGAUAAAUCAAAGGAUAAAAAAAAAAAAUUACAUACAAAAAAAAGCAAGGAUUUAAAAAAUGAUAAUUCUAAAAAAUCAAAUGGUAAAAUUGUACCUGAAAAUAGCCAACAACGUGAUCGUUCAGCUAAGGAAGAAGCUAAACAAAAAGCUGUUGAAUUACUUCGUUCUAGAUUCAGUCGACCAGUUGAUAAUAAAAAUAAAAAAUCAAUCAAAGACAUUGAUAAAAUUGUUAAAAAAAUACCAACUAAAAAAGAUGAAUCUGAUGAUGAUGAUGAUGAUGAUGAUGAUAUUAAAAGUCCACCAAAAGUACGACAGCUAAGAUCAAAAGCAAUUCAACUUCCAAAAGCUACAAAAACAUCUAAAAAAAAUACAAAUAAAAAAACAAAUGAUGAUGAUAAAAAUAAAGAACCUGAUGUUGAAAAAAUAGCAGAAAAAAAAAAUACAAAUUUAAAUAAUAGCAUAAGUAUUAUGAGUGAUUCUGGUGAUUCAUCAUCUGAUGAAGAUGUAAAAGAAAUAAAACCCACAAUAAAAAAGCCAAAUAAAAUAAUUGAAAGUAUUAAAAAAAAUUCAAGAAGAUCAAGUGUUGAUAGAAGAAUAUUUUCAAGUGAUGAUGAAGAAGACAGUCAAGGUUUUAUGGAAAAAUUUGAUGUCAGAGAUUCACGUUACAUGUGGGUUGAAGUUUACGUUGAGUCUGAAGAAAAUUGGAUAAGUGUCAGUGUGCCAGAUGGAAAAAUCCAUUGUGUUUCUGAAAUUUAUAAAAAAAUACCAGUACCAGUUUUGUAUAUAAUUGGCUUUAAUUCAUUGGGUUAUAUAAAAGAUUUAACAAGACGUUAUGCUCCCCACUGGUUGACAUCAACAAGAAAAAAACGUAUUGAUGAUACCUGGUGGUCAGAAAGUCUGUCACCAUAUUGGGAACGUCGUGAUACAAUAUCAAUUGCUGAAGAUGAAAUGUUAUUACAAAAAGAAUUAGAACAACCAUUACCAACAACACUGAGUGAAUGUAAAGGUCAUCCUCUUUAUGUUAUUCAAAAACAUUUAUUAAAAUUUGAAGCACUAUAUCCACCAGAUUGUGUACCACUUGGUUAUUUAAAAACUGGUGAUGCUAUUUAUUCACGUCAUUGUGUACAUACAUUACGUUCACGUGAAACUUGGACAAAACAAGCACGUGUUGUUAAACCAAAACAAGAACCAUAUAAAAUUGUUAAAGCAAUGCCAAAAUAUGAUAAAAUGACUGGACAACGUGUAUCAGAUUUGCCACUGGAAUUAUUUGGGCAAUGGCAAACAUCACCAUAUGUUCCACCAGAGGCCAAAGAUGGUAAAGUACCACGUAAUGAGUAUGGUAAUGUUGAUUUAUUUCAACAAAGUAUGUUACCAAAAGGAACUGUUCAUAUUGAUCUUCCAGGAUUAAAUAAAGUUGCUAGAAAACUUGGUAUUGAUUGUUCACCAGCAGUUGUUGGUUUUAAUUUUGGUUGUCGUGGUGCAUUACCAGCAUUUGAGGGUUUUGUUGUUUGUGAAGAAUUUGAAGAGACAUUGAGACAGGCCUGGGAUGAAGAACAAAUUGAAGCUGAAAAAAGAGCCAAUGAAAAAAGAGAAAAAAGAAUAUGGGGUAAUUGGAGAAAGCUCAUUAGAGGAUUAUUAAUACGUGAACAUCUUGCUGAAAAAUAUGAUUUUGCUGGUACAAAAGAUAAAGAUAUUGAAGCUAUUGAAGAUACUCCAAGCUGUUCAAGCACAUCAACAAAACGUACAAAAACAAAUUCUAAACAACCAGCAAAGAAAAUCAAAAAAGCAUAGUGUGUUGAUUUAUUGUAAAUAAUUAUUGUAAAUAAUUGUUUUUUUACAUUAACUUCAUACACAAAAUUAUGCGGCAAUUUUUUUUUUGUAAGGUAAAUCUUUUUUUUUUUUUCUUAUCUAAAUACAGUAUUAUUAUUAUUCCUUGUAAUAUUUAUAUUUUUUUUAUAACUAGUUUAUAAAUUACAUGAAUAAUAUAUUUAUUUAACAGAAAAAAACAUUUUUUUUUAUUAACAAAUUUCCAUACACUUAAUUUAUAACAACUCUAGUAAUUUUUUUUA